AUGAAGUUUAAGCUUUUCGGGCUCCUCCAGCUUUCGCAGUUGCUCGCCCGGAUCAACGCGCAAUCGACGCAAGACGAAAGUAGCAAGUAUAUUUUCCCCGAAGGAGAUCUAAACUUUUACAGCGGUAAAUCUAACGCGUCGGUCACCUUUGACCAACAUUCGUUGUUGCUUGAUGGAAAGCGCGUUCUGUUUUUCUCCGGCGAGUUCCACCCAUUCAGGCUUCCGGCUCCUGAGCUUUGGCGAGAUGUAUUACAAAAAUUCAAGGCAGGAGGCUUCAAUGGUGUAUCCAUAUACCUGCAUUGGGGGCUUAUCGCACCCAACAACCGAACUGUGGAGUUUACGGUGCACAAUGACGUUGCAGCUUUCUAUGAAGUAGCAAAGGAGGUUGGGUUACUAGUCAUCGCAAGGCCUGGGCCAUACAUCAACGCAGAAUCCGCUGGCGGUGGAAUUCCGAGCUGGGCAUCUAACCAAGCGGGAUUGGCGAGGACGAAUGCUAGUGAUUAUAAAGAAGCUUGGGAACCUUACAUCCGAAAAUUCUCAGAAGAGAGUGCGCCCUAUCAAUACCCUGAUGGACCUCUCAUUGCCGUUCAAAGCGAAAACGAGUAUUCUACGUCCGCUGGUCUUCGUAUUCCAGGGUUAAGCGAACAUAUGCAAGACAUCAUCGAUACCUACCGAGCUCAUGGCCUUACAAAAAUCCCCACCGUUCAUAAUGAUAAGAAUGCGGGAGGGAUGUUUGCCCAGAAGGGACUGGGGAAGGUUGAUUUGUACGGAUGGGAUGGAUACCCGCUAGGCUUCGAUUGCGAUAGGCCGGAGGUGUGGACUGAGCUCUCAACUCAACAUGACGCGAGUCAUCAACGAUGGAACCCUGCCGAACCAUUAGCUCUAUUUGAAUGGCAAGGUGGAGCUUUCUCGUACUGGUCAGGUCCAGGAUAUGACAUGUGUUACGCGUUAAUCAACGAACAGUUUGCGAAUGUUUACUACAAGAAUAACUACGCCGCAGGUGCCGCUCUACAAAACCUCUACAUGACUUACGGAGGAACAAACUGGGGUAAUAUGCACACGCACACGAUCUAUUCGAGUUAUGACUAUGGCGCCGCUAUCAGUGAAGAUCGCCUCCUCACUCCGAAAUUCCACGAGAUCAAACUCCAAUCUCUCUUCCUCCACGCCUCACCCGAUUACCUCCUCGUCGGACGUAUCGGAAACGCUACGGCCCUACACACCAACUCGUCUGACACCUACACUACGCACCUCCAUUCGCCGAAGACUAAAGCCAACUUUUAUUUCGUGAGGCAGAACACGAAUCAAAAGACGAGCGAUACGGUGUUUAGUUUGAAGGUCAAUUCGACGUUGGUUGCAGGUGACGAAGGGGAGAAGGAAGUUGAGAUACCGAAUGUGACGUUGAAAGGGAGAGAGAGUAAGAUUUUAGUUUCGAAUUAUCCGUUCGGGAAGAGUACUUUGGAGUACUCAAGUGCUGAGGUCCUGACCUGGGGUACAUACGACGAGGUGGAUACCAUCGUGCUCUACGCGUUCAAGGGGCAGCAUGUGGAAAUCUCUGUUCUGGCGUCGACUUCCAAUCAAAGAGUUGCCCAUGUUGGUUCUACCAGCGUCACAGCCACCGCUGGAGAUCAAACGGUCAAACUAUCUGGAACUACCUCUGGUGUAUCUAUCUUCACCUUUGACUCCAAGCGCGUCAUUGUCCUCGACAAAGAAACCGCAUAUGGAUUAUGGGCUCCUAGACUGGAAGGACGCAAUGACAAUAACGUCUCGUAUGACCUUAGCCCAGACACACCCUCCGUACUUCUUACCGGCCCGUACCUCGUGCGCUCCGCAUCUGUGAAGGGAAGCACCCUCGAUCUCGUCGGUGAUACCAACGCAACGGAACCUACCACCGUCGAAAUUUUUGCCCCCACGUCUUUCAAGGCUGUUACCUGGAAUGGGAACCCGGUCAAGGUGAAGGAGACAGAGUUGGGAACACUGAAAGGGGUUCUCAACCCGCCAGAAAACUUGAAAACGGCGAAGUUACCGGUAUUGGAAGAGUUGGAAUGGGCCUGUGCGGAUUCGUUACCGGAACUGGGAGAAAAUUUCGAUGAAAUCGAUGGGGAAUGGGUUGUGGCGGAUAAGACUGAGACGAAGAGGCCGUUGAAGAUGUUGAGCGGCAAGAGUGUGUUGUACGGACCUGAGUACGGUUUCCAUGCUGGUGACUGGGUAUGGCGUGGCCGCUUUACUGGAAACGCUACCGGCGUUCAGUUGUCAAUUCAAGGAGGCUUUUCAUUUGCUUAUUCCGCCUGGUUGAACUCCGAUUUCCUCGGUUCCGGUCAAGGAUCUUCCCAUAGCCAAGAUGGUGUCGAUCUCCUCUCGGUCAAUUUCACCUUCCAGCCGGAAUGGUUGAAGGAAGAAAACGUGAUUACUCUGAUUCAUGAUUCCACGGGUAUGAACCAAGACUACAAUGUCAAUGACGAACAUAAAACGCCCAGGGGUAUUCGAGGGUAUAAGUUGCUGUCUGCAGACAACAAGGACUUUACGGAGUGGAAGGUAGCUGGAAAUAUCGGAGGUGAAAACGCGCCAGAUAGGAUUCGAGGUCCGUACAAUGAAGGUGGUUGGUGGUUUGAGCGUGAAGGUGCUCACCUCCCUGGUUACGAUGCCUCUUCUUGGAACCAAUCAUGCUCUCCAACCACCGGAAUCUCUUCCCCUGGGGUAACUGUAUAUCGCACCACGUUUGACCUCAACCUCCCUCAUAACGCUGAUAUUCCUCUCUCCUUCGAAUUCUCCCUAACGAACAACACCGAGGCCGUCAAUAAACCCUACCGCUCGUUGCUCUUCGUCAACGGUUGGCAGUUUGGGAGGUUUAUUUCCGGAUUGGGACCACAGACGAGCUACCCUAUCCCCGAGGGUAUCUUGAAUCAUCAUGGGACGAAUGAGGUGUUGUUGACGCUUUGGGCGUUGAAUAAAGGCGGUGCGAAGUUUGGCAAGCUGGAGUUGAAGAAGAGAGGUGUGCUAUCGUCGAGUAAGAAAGCGAAGGUUGAGGUUGUCGAAGCACCUGGCUGGAAUGAAUUGAGGGGUUAA